UCCAUGUUUGCAGCCCCAGCCCGGGCGGAGGAAACUCCAUGUUGUAACAAAGUUUCCUCCGCGGCGCCGCUCCCGCGCCCGCCGCCCCGCGCCGCCGCCGGCCCCCGCCCCGCCUCCCCCCCCGGGGGCCGCGCCGGGGGGGGCCGCCCCCUCCCAUCCCCCCACCCCCCCCCGGCGCCCAUGGAGCACCAGUCCAUCAUCACCCAGGUUAGCAGGGAGGAGGGGAGCGCCCCGCUGCAGGAGAAAGGUACCCAGGCCCCCGCCAAGAAGCCCCGGAGCCGCAGCAUCCUCCAGUCUCUGUUCUGCUGCCUGUGCCGCGAUGAAGGGGAGCCCUGCGCCGGCACCACCAGUGCCCCACUGCUGGUGGAAGAGAACGGGGCCCUGCCCAAGGCUGCCGUCAAACACCUCCUGCCCGAGAUCAAGCCGCAGGAUGCCAGCAAGCUCUGUGUGGUCAUCGACCUGGACGAGACGCUGGUGCACAGCUCCUUCAAGCCGGUGAACAAUGCCGACUUCAUCAUUCCCGUGGAAAUCGAUGGCAUCAUGCACCAGGUGUACGUGCUCAAGCGGCCGCACGUGGAUGAGUUCCUGCAGCGCAUGGGCGAGCUCUUUGAGUGCGUGCUCUUCACCGCCAGCCUGGCCAAGUACGCAGACCCCGUGGCUGACCUGCUGGAUAAAUGGGGGGCUUUCCGGGCACGGCUCUUCCGGGAGUCCUGCGUCUUCCACCGCGGCAACUACGUAAAGGACCUGAGCCGCCUGGGCCGCGACCUGCGCCGCAUCAUCAUCGUGGACAACUCGCCCGCAUCCUACAUCUUCCACCCUGACAAUGCCGUGCCGGUGGCCUCCUGGUUCGAUAACAUGGCGGACACGGAGCUGCUGGACCUGCUGCCCUUCUUCGAGAGGCUCAGCAAGGUGGAGGACGUGUACGCAGUGCUCAAGAAGCAGCGGACUAACAGCUAGUGGCCCCCCCACCCCGCCGGGUGCUGCUGAGGGGCACCGCCGUGGCAGCUGGGUGCCUUAUUUUAGGGGGAGGAGGGUCCCCAGUGUGCCCCCCCUGUCGUCCUCCCCAGCCCCGGUGGGCGCAGGUGCCCUCCCUGCCUGCUGGUGGUGGGAGAUGUGGGUGCCCCCGUGGGGGGGGCUGGGCUUUCCCCUUCCUGCAGAGGAGGGGGGGCCAUGGGUGACCCACCGCCUUGCUGUGCUGGGGACCUACUGGGGGGGGGUCCCAUCUUCCCCCACUGUCCCAUCCCCCCCCCACAACCUGUGUCCCCCCUCCCUGAAACGGUUCUCAGGUCCUUUUCCCCUCCGUGUCCCCCUGAGUGGGGAGGGGGGGUCAGCAGCUGCUGCUUUCCACUGCCUUUGGGGGGGACUAGACCCCCCCCAUCUGGGCUCUGCCUGCCGGGGGGACUGGCGGCCCUCAGCCCCUAUUUGCAGGUGGUACAGGAUGGGUUAACCCCUUGCCACCCCCCCAAAAAUGGGGAAGUCUUACUGGCCUUGGUGCGUACCCGUAACUGCCCUUGGUGCAGCUGAUCACCUCGGGGGGGGGGGGAGGGGGGGCGUGUCCCUACCCCUCCCUUGUGCCUUCUGCUGCCCCCCACCUAUGGGGUGUGUUUUGGGGUGCAGCCUGGUCUCAGGGCUGAGCCCCUGGCUGCAAAUGCCCCCCACGUGCCUUGGGAUGCCAUGUCUCCAUGUCCCCCCCAGCCAUGCAAGGGGUGUGUUUGGGGGGCUCUUAACUCACCCCCUCCAACCUUGGUUUCUUCCCUUCCCAGAGGGGGGGUGAGUGUCUGGUGGUGUCCCCCCCCCAUUCCCAGUUACACUGUGUCAGUGGGAGCCACUCCAGUCACCAACAGGGGGGUCCCCUCUUGCCUGGGGAGGGCCCCAUCCCUCCGCAGCUUCACCAAAGGCUGCAACUCCCAGGGGGGAGGGACCCCCAUCAUACCAGCCUUAGUGUGCCCCCCCCCCCCAGCCUUACCCCAGCUGGGUCAGGGGUGGGGGACACUGCAACCCCCCUCCCCCCCGCAGCCUGGGGGUACCCUGACCCCCAUGGGGUUGGGCUUGUGCCAGGGUGUCCCCCAGCCUUGAGGGGCUCGGGGCUCUCAGGGAGGGGUUUUUUAGAGGGGGGGCACUGAGCUCAGCCAGGCCUUUUUUAGUGUCGCAAUAUGAACAAUGUCUCUUAUGUUUUUAGGAGGAAAAGCAACGGUUUCCCAAAAAAUCAUGGGUGCCUUUUUACCGCUGUGCCAGGGAAGGGGGGGGCAGUAUUGGGGGGGGGGGGCGAUGCGAGGGGUUUUUAGCUCUCUGGUGCUGUCCAGCCGGCUCCUGCUGGCACUGCCCUUCUCCCAUUCCUGGGUGCCAGGGGCAGGCAGGGGUCCCCCCUAGGCCUGCCCACACCCCUGCCUCCAUCCCUUGCCCCUCGUGGCAGGAGGGUGGGAUAGGGAAUGCUGCACCCCCCAUGCCCUCCCCCCCGGACCCCUGCCUGCCCCGGGCCUGAUCCUGCCCCUCCAGGAGGGUUGAACUCAGCACUUUAUAUUAGACAAGUCAAAUGGCACCAGCAAAGCCCACUGCCCGGUGAGCACCCAUGGGUGCUGCAGAACCGGAGGAGUGCAGCCCCCAUGCCUAGGCACCCUUGGGGGCCCUGGGGGGCGGGGUGGGGGA